CCCGCCGCUCCUGGGCGCCGGUGCGGGGGAGCCGCGAGGCGGCGGCGGCGGCGGCGGCGGCGGGCAACUUCCUUCCCGGCGGAGCUCGGGCAGCGGCGAAUUCCCAUGAUGCUUCGGUCAAGAGAUACGAAAAAGGAAGCAGCCAUGAGAUCGUUGGUCUUCACUUAACGACGCAAGCCAGAAUGGCCGCUGUAGAAACUGCUGGCAUCGGUGAGAAUCCCGGGGCCAAGUCCCUCUUGGUCAAAGAUGGGAAAGAGUCCCAGGAGGAAAACGGGGCAGCCAGCCACCUCUCCGAACACUGCGAUGCUUCCUUCGCUGGGGCAGAGCCGAAUCGGCAACAGGCGCCCGCCAGCAAGCUGAAGAAGACGGCCUUUAAGUUCUUCGGGGGGAAGAGAAGCAUCUGCACCCUGCCCAGCUUUUUUGGGGGGAAGAAUAAAAGCCAGGCCAAGGGAGCCUCCAAAAAGGGUCUCAGCAAGAGCAAGACCCACGAUGGCAUCAGCGACGUGGCGCACGAAGAGGCCGCUUCCGGAUGUCUCAGGAGCCCCUCGGACGCAGGGCCAGACUUCCCUCCUCCCCAGCUUCUGCCAAGUUCCCAGAGCGCAGUUUUGGGAGCCGAGCUCAGAGCUGGCUUUGCCCAGUCCUCAAACCUUCUGUCCAGCAGCACCGAAGGCUUUGAGAAGAAGCUGACGGGAGAGAAGUCCUUGUUCCUCCCGAGAUCCAAAAAGGGGCUGAAGGGGCUAUUUAACAGCAUUCGCCGACAUCGGAAGAACAAAGUUGCGGAGCCUGAGAAGACGGAGCUGCAGGAGUGGGCUCUCCGGGACACCGUGGCUGAAGAACAGCCACGUGGGAAUGGGCUGGGUGGGAGUCUUCAGAGGGGGACAGUGACACCAGAACGUGGGGAGGGUUUCCCCGGCGAUGCUGUGCCUCCAAUGGCAGCCAGCCACAAUGAGGCGGGAGGGAUGGACUGCCUGGCCUCAAGCCCCAUUCGGUCUGUCGGCGAAGCAGCCAGAGGGCCUGCGUGUCCUGAAGGAUCUCAGGAUGGGCAGCCAAGCCUUCAGGACGCCUGUGCUGACUCUGCCUACGGGGACCUCCCUGAGGCUUUUGAACCAGAGUUCCUGCAGAAGAGCCCUCCUUGCGAACCAUCCGGGGAGCAGUUUAGCUUGAUGUUUGGGGAGGUGACCUCCCUUAAAAGCUUUGACUCUUUCACCGGUUGCGGGGAUAUAAUUGCAGAACCAGAUAUUGAUAGCAUCACGGAGAGCUCCACCUCUGUGGAACGCAGCCGGGAGGCCGCCAAGAGGACCUCUUGUUUGGUUACCUACCAAGGCGGAGGGGAGGAAAUGGCCCUGCCGGAGGAUUUAGAAGAGUACCUCCAGCAGAUGUGGGCAGGAGCCAUCAAAGGGGGUGCAGACCCUGAAGCACAUCUGCCGGAGCUCCUAACCAAAGGUGACCUUCAGGGCAUGAAGGAUGCCAAGCAGGAAAUUCAUCUGUACCCUGAAGGAACAAGGAACGACACGGACCUUCUGACACCGCACAGUGAUCAACAAGAGUCCGCUCCCAAUAGCGAUGAGGGCUACUAUGAUUCUACCACCCCAGGUCCUGAAGAUGAAGCUGGGGAUGGUUUAGAUGAAAUCAAAAAGGACCGCCUUCCAAGGGACAGCUACAGUGGGGAUGCUCUUUAUGAGUUUUACGAACCUGACGAUGCAUUGAUGAGCCCGUCUCAUGGAGAGGGAUCCUGGUUUGAUGGGAAAGUGUCCCCUUCGAAGGUAUUUGACCAAUUCCUGGACUUUGCUCUCCCCGAUGAGAAGGACUUGAUCUGGCUGAUGGAUCAGAAAAGUGAAGCGAUGGAAAAGCAGAGGCUGGCCACCCUCCAGAAACAGCUGCUUUUUUGGGAGAUGCAAAGAGACCCGGCCCUGAAACACCUCCAGGAACUUAGAAGAGACCAACAUCUGAGUCCAGGGCAGAUGUCUGAAUGUAAAAUGCAAGCCACCGGCUUAGUUGGGAAGAGCUCAAGUUGCCUUGGUUGUGAGCAAAUGAAUUUUUGUGCUUUGGACGAGGGUCUAAGCGGUGGAAAGAAGCUAGCGGAAAACCAAGACUGGAAAGACGAUUUCCACAAGAAGCUCUGUCCAGAAAAGCUUUGCGAUAGCAGCACCACCACCACGAAAGCACACAGUAGUUGCCUUAUUCAGCCAUCGGAGAAUAGCUCUGAGUUGGACUCCAGCGGUGAACAUCCGGUGUUUGAUGCUUCAGCUUCGGGAAACUCUGUGAGCUGCCCGCUCUACAGAGCGCAUGGCCACCCCGGCUGCUCUCCCAGAGCUGACUUUCAAGAGCCCUGCCAGGAAGGCAGCGAAGAACCAGAACAAGCUGUCAACUUCUCCCAAGCCUUGGUGGAAUUCACCAGCAACGGGACUCUUUUCUCCAGCCUGUCUGAAAGUCUUAGAAGCUCCGAUUCAGGCUCUGCAUUCACUCAGAACUUUCCUGACCUGCCCACAAUGGUGACUUUUGACAUCGUCGAUGUGGAACAGGAAGGGGAAGGGGAGUGCGAGGAGCAUCUGGAGCUGAACACGGAGGAGGACCUGACCGCGUCCUUCGAGGCUUUCCGGGACACUUAUGACUCCAAAGCCUCCUUUGCUGAAUGUGAUGAGCGAAUGUUUCCUGAGUACCCUCAGGUCUCCUCCCACUGGGGAGCUGCCAGCCUCCCUCGGCGUCUCAGACUUCAGGAGCUGAGUCCACCUCUGCUGGAGCCGCUGUCCGUCUGCAGGAGGAGCCGAUCUCUGGACACCGAAAGUCUGGAGUUUGAGCUGGCCAGCUUGCAGCUAUCCAAGGACAGUUUUAGGCCGUUUGAGCUGUGGAGCGGUUCCAAAAAGGAUCCCGGUUCUCUUGGAUCGGACAUUGGCCAGGAAGGGGUGCCACAUUCUCCAGGAGGAAGAGAAGAAGGCGUUGGUGGCUUCUCGUGGCCAGGACGAUUGAAUGCACCAUAUGGCCAGGAGGAAUUUUCCUUGCAAGAAACGAAAGCAGGAGAGGCUGGUUCGAAUACACUUCCCUCUCGAGGUCCUUGGGGGUUAUUGGAGCGCUCUGACACAGCUCCUCCUUUGGCUUGCCUGGGGCAGAAUCCCACCAAGGAACCAGCUGGAAGGAACCCUCCAGCAGAUGGAAGCAAUCAUCCUGUCCUGCCAGCAUUGAGACCAUUGACCAGGCCCUCCACUCUGUUUCUGCAGGCCCCUGUGAUGUCACCAGAGGACUGUACUUCUCAGAGGCCUGGUGGGGGCAAUCUGGCUAAAAAACAUGCUUGGGUCCUCCCUUUGGGAGAGAAAGGUCAAGAUCUGCCUUUGAGCUUUGAUUUUCCUUGCUCCCCUGACAAGUCAUCAGUGUGUAAGCCUGGAGAUGUGGCUCAGGAAACAUCUCAGCUUCAUACCAAGUAGUGCUGAGACCACUUGUAGGGGCAAGGCUGAACAUUGGGGACUCUCUAGACCCAGAGCCUUUGGGAGACACAUCCUGCCAGCUACUCAGUCCGUGAACUUAAUUAGCCAAGUAGCUUCUGUGCAUGGGGCUCAAAGCUGGAUUGGAAUGGGCUUUGGUUCCGGUGGGUUGUGAGGAUACAGAAAAACACUGCAGAAUGUUGACUUUGGUUUGAAGCUGGGAGAACGGGGGUGAAAUGUUCUGCUGAUGUUUCGCCUUAAAACAGGCAUGCUUGUGGGUAGAGGGAACUUCCGUGGAUCCCCAGAAUGAUAUGGAGAGAACAGGGACGGUCUCAGAAGUUAAGGAGAUGGGAAUAAAGCCCUGGGUCGUGUCCAGUUGCGCCAUCAUGAGAAGAGGAGCAGAAAUUAUUUCCAAAAGCCGACUAAGGGGCCAAAGUUAGAAGGUAUAUUUUGGAGGAACCUUCCAAAAUGAGAGGCUGGCUUAUGGCGAAACUGGUUAACUCCUAGUUUUUGAGAGCACGCGUGCUUGGAAGUCGACCUGCUAAGCUGCUUUUUAUUCCAACAGAAUAAGAGGGCAAAAUACAGGGGUGCUGGCAUGCCUAUCUUCUACUGGCAUCCCAGAACGGGUGGGGCCAAUUUUCUCUUUCUUUUUUUAGUUGGGAGGGAAGUUAAGGAGCAGAAUUAGUGCCUUGAGCCUUCUAAAGGCUUAGCACCCAUUUCAUAUCCCCCCCCCAAAAAAAACAGGUCUUAGCCUAGGUCAUGGUUGGAAUGUGGCCUUUGAUCAGUGGUGCAAGGUCUAGGAUAGCCUUGAGCCAACAGGCCCUCGGGAUGUAUAGGAUUGCACCCGUGAAGCAUAUCUUAAGUGUGUUGACUUGUUACAGCAGCGUUUUUCCAAGUUUGGCAAAUUGAAGGUUGAGUGGAUUUCAACUCCCAGAAUUCUCAGCAAUGGCUACGCUGGCUGUGAAAUUCUGGGAAGUCCAUAUACCUAGAAAUGGGCCAGGUUUGGAAAACCUGCGUUAAGAGAGUAGGGCUGCUCAAGUUCAGUUGGGCUUUCUGUGGGUUUCUUGAGGGGGGAGGCAGAAAACUAACCAACCUGGUGCUUGUCAACCAGGAGAUUAGGGUCGCAGUGGAUGGGCUGGGCAAAAUAGCAAGAAGUUGGCUGUUACUUAAAUUGGGGCAAGAUGUGAUUAGAGGGGAAAUGAGUCAAAAACAAGGCUCUGCGAUCUGUAAUUUAGGAGGAUCUUACUCCGGGUAUAUUGCUUCUAAGAAGACCUGCAUACAAUUAAAAAAUUAAAAACACUUCUUGAUACUGGAACAAAGUAAAGUCAAUGCAGCGGAGGUCUUGUAAUUUCUGAAAGGGCAUAUUUUAAAGGGGGGGACCCGUGCCCUUAUUUAAAGUAACAGAAUCCUGUUGUUGUUUUUAUUAUGGUUAAAUUUUAGAACUGUGCAGUGCUUCCAACUCGAUUCCAAAACGGAGACUUGGCUUGCUUGUAUGUGUUGGGCUCUAUGUGUGUGUGUUUGUGUGUGUGUCUGUUUGUGGACCCUGUCUAUAGCUCUUUCAAGAUCAGCUGGCCGUUGCAGAAGGAAGCUGGAUCUGAGCUAUACAAAGGAUGAAGUUGCUUUAAUGAGUUAGAUCCAGCCUGUGUGUGUUUGUGUGUGUGUGUGUGCGUGUGUGCUUCGAAGAUCAUUUUUGGAAUCAGAUUCAAAGUACUGCCGGACUGAAUAUUUGUUGAAAUCAAUUUUCUAGGCCAGUGUUUCUCAACCGUGACAAUUUUAAGGCAUGUGGACUUCAACUCCCAGA